AUGUCAGCUUGCAAAGAGGAUGAUCCACGUAUCGACGGCAUUCAAUCGAGAAUCCGCGUGGUUCCCAAUUUCCCAAAGCCAGGGAUAAUGUUUCAAGAUAUUACUACACUUUUACUCGAUCCAAAGGCCUUCAAGGACACCAUUGAUUUGUUCGUUGAGAGAUACAAAGGCAAAAACAUUACUGCUGUCGCCGGAAUAGAGGCCAGGGGCUUUAUAUUCGGUCCUCCCAUUGCUUUGGCAAUUGGAGCAAAGUUUGUUCCCUUGAGAAAGCCAAAGAAACUUCCUGGUAAAGUUUUUAGGGAAGAGUAUGACUUGGAAUAUGGAAGUGACUGUCUUGAGAUGCAUGUUGGAGCAGUAGAAUCUGGGGAGCGUGCAUUGGUUGUUGAUGAUCUGAUUGCUACUGGUGGCACUCUCUGUGCUGCCAUGAACUUAUUGGAACGUGCUGGAGCUGAAGUUGUAGAGUGUGCUUGUGUCAUUGAAAUACCAGAUCUAAAGGGAAGCGAUCGAUUAAAAGGCAAGCCAUUAUUCGUUCUCGUGGAGUCUCAAUAG